UUUUUGAUGUUGCGCAAUUUUAUUUUAAAGUUUUCUUCAUUAAAUAAUUGUUCAUUUUUACAUUUAACAAAAAAAUCUUUUUUAAUGUCUACAGCGGUUUCUACUGAUUCUGUUGAUCCGAUUCAAGAACAAUAUUUGACAGAAAAUUGUAUACAGGUGGACCGUAAUGAUGAAAUAAUUGGUCCAGUUUCAAAAAGAGAAUGUCAUAUGAAUCCGUUGUUACAUAGAGCAUUCAGUGUAUUUAUUUUUGACAAAGAACGUCGUAUGCUUUUACAAAAACGUUCAGCUACUAAAAUUACUUUUCCUUUGGUUUGGACAAAUUCUUUCACCCACUUUUUGGGAUUGAACAAAACGGUGUUGAUGGAGUUAAAGUUGCUGCGAAGAGAAAGUUGUUUCAUGAACUUGGAAUUGAUACUGUAAAUGUUGGCGAUAUGGAGGUUAUGGGACGUUUUAUAUAUUUGGCACGGUCUGAUUCUAUUUGGGUUGAACAUGAAUUGGAUUACGCGAUAAUGUAUGUAUUAUUUAU